CUGUGGGCCGGCGGCGGCGGCGUUUCUGUCAGGGCCGUCCCACCGCGGCCGCCGGUCUGCCUCUCUCGAGUCGGCGGGCGCUGCGGUAGCCGGGCCUGGAGGAGCCGCCGCCACCACCGCCAUGCACGACGCCUUCGAGCAUGUGCCGAUCCUGGAGAAGCUGCCGCUGCAGAUCGACUGCCUGGCGGCCUGGGAAGAAUGGCUCCUUGUUGGUACCAAACAAGGGCAUCUUCUGCUUUACAGGAUCAAGAAAGAUGCAGGAGAGGUUAUGUCAUCAGAAAGUGUCUGUUGCAAUAGGUUUGAAGUGACACUAGAGAAAUCCAACAAGAACUUCUCAAAAAAGAUUCAGCAGAUUCACGUUGUUUCUCAGUUUAAAAUUCUGGUCAGUCUAUUAGAAAAUAACAUUUAUGUCCAUGACCUGUUGACGUUUCAACAAAUCACCACAGUUUCCAAGGCAAAAGGUGCAUCUCUCUUCACUUGUGACCUACAGCAGUCAGAUACCGGGGAAGAGGUGCUGAGAAUGUGCGUGGCAGUGCGGAAGAAGCUACAACUUUAUUUUUGGAAGGACAGAGAGUUCCAUGAGCUGCAGGGAGAUUUCAGCGUACCUGAUGUACCCAAGUCUAUGGCCUGGUGUGAAAACUCCAUCUGUGUAGGCUUCAAGAGGGACUAUUACCUGAUACGGGUGGAUGGAAAAGGAUCCAUCAAAGAACUGUUUCCUACCGGGAAGCAGCUGGAACCAUUGGUAGCACCUGUAGCAGAUGGAAAAGUUGCAGUUGGCCAAGAUGAUCUAACAGUUGUGCUCAACGAAGAAGGGAUCUGUACUCAGAAAUGUGCCUUGAAUUGGACAGAUAUUCCUAUAGCCAUGGAACACCAGCCUCCCUACAUCAUUGCUGUUCUGCCAAGGUACGUGGAGAUCCGCACUUUUGAACCCCGGCUGCUGGUACAGAGUAUUGAGCUGCAGAGACCACGCUUCAUCACCUCUGGAGGCACGAAUAUUAUAUAUGUGGCAAGUAAUCACUUUGUGUGGCGGCUCAUUCCGGUGUCCAUAGCCACGCAGAUCCAGCAGCUUCUGCAGGACAAGCAGUUUGAGUUGGCUUUGCAGUUGGCAGAAAUGAAAGAUGAUUCAGAUAGUGAGAAGCGACAACAAAUUCACCACAUAAAGAACCUCUUUGCCUUCAACCUCUUCUGCCAGAAGCGCUUUGAUGAAUCUAUGCAAGUUUUUGCCAAGCUUGGUACAGAUCCCACUCACGUGAUGGGUCUGUAUCCUGACCUCCUGCCCACAGAUUACAGGAAACAGCUACAGUAUCCCAACCCCCUGCCAGGGCUCUCUGGGGCAGAGCUGGAGAAGGCACAUUUAGCUCUGAUAGACUACCUAACUCAAAAGAGAAGUCAGCUGGUGAAGAAGCUAAACGAUUCUGACCAUCAGUCCAGUACCUCACCGCUCAUGGAAGGAACACCCACGAUCAAAUCAAAAAAGAAGCUGCUACAAAUCAUUGAUACCACCCUGUUAAAGUGUUACCUCCAUACAAAUGUAGCACUGGUGGCACCAUUGCUACGUCUGGAAAACAAUCACUGCCACAUUGAGGAAAGUGAGCAUGUACUAAAGAAGGCACACAAAUACAGUGAGCUGAUAAUACUGUAUGAGAAGAAAGGUCUGCAUGAGAAAGCAUUACAGGUACUGGUGGAUCAGUCAAAGAAAGCCAACUCACCUUUGAAGGGUCACGAGAGGACAGUGCAAUAUCUGCAGCAUUUGGGCACAGAGAACUUGCACUUGGUAUUCUCCUACUCUGUCUGGGUGCUAAGAGAUUUUCCUGAAGAUGGACUGAAAAUAUUUACAGAAGACCUCCCUGAAGUGGAAGCUUUGCCACGAGAUAAAGUGCUCAGUUUCUUGAUAGAAAAUUUUAAAAGCCUGACAAUUCCUUAUCUGGAACACAUCAUUCAUGUCUGGGAAGAAACCGGUGCAGAGUUUCACAACUGUCUGAUCCAACUGUAUUGUGAGAAAGUGCAGGGAUUAAUGAAAGAGUAUCUAAGUUCUUUCCCCUCAGAUAAAACUCCAGUGCCUGCUGGGGAGGAAGGAGGAGACUUAGGGGAUUACCGGAAAAAGCUUUUACUUUUUCUGGAGAAGUCUAGCUGGUAUGAACCUAGUCGACUAAUAAGUGACUUCCCCUUUGAUGGUCUCUUAGAAGAACGUGCUCUGCUCUUGGGUCGUAUGGGGAAGCAUGAACAAGCUCUCUUUAUUUAUGUUCACAUUUUGAAGGACACCAAUAUGGCUGAAAGCUACUGCCAUAAACAUUAUGACAGAAACAAAGAUGGUAACAAAGAUGUCUAUCUGUCGCUGCUCCGGAUGUACCUCUCCCCACCUAGUGUUCAUUGCCUGGGACCAAUCAAGAUGGAAGUGCUGGAGCCUCAAGCCAAUCUGCAGGCUGCUCUGCAGGUUUUGGAACUGCAUCACAGCAAACUGGAUACCACCAAGGCAAUAAACCUACUCCCAGCAAAUACACAGAUUAGUGAGAUUCGAAUCUUCUUAGAGAAAGUCCUUGAAGAAAAUGCUCAGAAGAAAAGAUUUAAUCAAGUACUCAAGAAUCUUCUCCAUGCAGAGUUUCUGAGGGUCCAGGAGGAGCGGAUCUUGCAUCAGCAAGUGAAGUGCAUUAUUACGGAGGAAAAGGUGUGCACUGUAUGUAAGAAGAAGAUAGGUAACAGUGCAUUUGCUCGAUACCCUAAUGCAAUCGUUGUGCAUUAUUUCUGCUCCAAAGAAGUCAACACAUUGGACACCUGACCUUGUUAUGGUCAACUAUCCCAACAACAUUUGAAAUUCAGAACUGUCGACUUAGAAUUUGAUGCCUCUGAGAUUUUUUUGAGGCUUGUUGCUAGGUUCUCUUACACUGGGUAGAAGUCAUCUGUGUCUGUGGACUGACUGAACCUAUCUGGCAAUAUUGAUUAACUGGAAAAUGACUUUAACCAUGUUACUAUAGUACUGGCAACUACACUGAACCUCUUGGUACUCAGAUGAAGAAUAGAAACUGAUUUUUGUAGUGAGUUUUGUAUUGCACUCCAACCUUGCGAAUGAGUUGUUAGACAACUUUUGGGCGUUCACCACAAGUCAAGUUUUACGGUAAAACUUACCUCUUUGGGUGACAAUGUUGUGAUUUGGCCUUGUAUGUAAAUAGUUCUUCAAAAAAAGAAAAUUCCUUUAAAGUCUUUGCAGCUGUAUCAGUGUUGCAUGGAGACCGCCAGGUGUUUGGCAUAGAGAAGGCUUUUGUGCCUAUUUCUAGACCUAGAAAAUACAAUUUUACUUUCAUCUCAGUAAUGGGAAUGUUGAAGUGUUGGCCAAAGGAAUCUUUUUAUUGAUAUUCAGUGUUAUCACCUGACCUUCUGAUAAGACGUUCCACAGGAGAUAGACAAACAGUAGAUACCAGUAGUAAGCAUAUUUUUUUUUCCUUUUUACUUUAGUUUGAGCUGUAAAUUGAAUUAACUUGUGUGUUAUUUGCACUGAAUAUAUUCACUCUUAGCAUGACUGAAAGGUCAAAGACUAUUCUAAGUCCACAUCUGCACUCACAUGAAAAAGCAAAGAACACCGUGUAAAGCAACUUCUGAAGGGAGUGAACUAUAGUUGUUGCUUGAGCUUCUAGGCUACACUUGAUAUUUGUAUAUAUAAGUUAUUUGGUCUCUGGUUUGCUUUCCAGCAUUGAAUAAAAAGACUAUUUCAGCAUCUCUCUAUUUUAAAUGCUCUAGAACUGCAUUCUGCUCAGGCUGGUACUGCUCUUAAAUUACUCUUGGGCCAGAGUUCUUAACUACAAGAACUAAAUUAUACUGUACUCCUUGUAGGCUGUAAUAUUCUUAUCUAACUUAUUUUUCCACAAACUUGAUAGCAGAUUGGUGUGAGGGAUAUUAAAAUGUUUGAUCAGUGCAGAAAGAAUCUGUGCAGUGGUAAUGAAAAGGCAGCAGUAGAAAAUAAACCAGUUGAGUGGCUGCUCGACUCCCAACAUCCUGGUCUAGCAAUACUUAUAAAUAUGUAAUUAUUAAAAAGUUUGGAGCAUGACAUGUAACUACCAGAUAUCGCCUCUUAACGAACAAGUAGAUGAAUAAACCGGUCUGCCUAAGGUGUAAUUGGAUCUCAGUUAAUAUUAUAGGUUUACUUAAACCAUUGUUAUGUUAGAGUUUUUAGGAACGGAUCUGCUGUAGGCUGACAAGUCUGACAAGAGUCCUAAUUUACUUUCAUUUGCCAGUGUUACUACUUUCCCUUGAUAACUGUUUUUUCCCUUUCCACACGUGUUUGUAUUUAUUGUUCAUAUGCCAUGCAUUCUUGUGGAUUUCUUGGUCCAGUGUUUUGCAACUUCUGUACUUGGAUGUCUUGGGCAGUAUUGCUACUGAUGUCUUUCUGCAGAGGCUGGGUAGAGGGAAUCUGUGGUGGUAAUGUUUUUAACCUUGUAUUUCUUCUAUUUGAAGAAGAGAGCCUAAAAAUACUUAUAUUGGAUUUGCACAUUCUGUAUAAAUCUUUAUAUACUAGUUCAGGUACAGAGGGAAGAUGGUUUGGGAGAGUUUGUUUACAGGUCAUUGAGAAUGAAAGAAGGGUAUUUAAAAAGGCCCUGUAUUCUUUGUAUACAGAUAUAACAAUAUUGUUCUGAUUUUUACCUAUCUUAUGUUUAGUACUCAAAAGUCUGAUUUUUAUUUACCUUCAUUAUCAGAUACCGGGAGAUCUGUAUUCACAGAUGAGGAUCUUCAUUGUGCUCUUACUUACAUGGUUACGGUUGUGCCUCUGUUCACCUCCAUCACAUACCUUUUACAGAGAUGGUUUGUGCUGUAACUUUUUUUCGUUGGUUCUUAUAAUGUGGUUUGGGUUUACUAACUAAACAGCAGGUUUAUCUAAAGCAAUAGAUUGUAAUAAAUAUUGUGAACCAGUGUGUGUUUCAAUCAUUGUGCAGUUAAGCUUCUUUGGGCUGCUGUAGAUUUUUUAUUUUUUUUUAAUAUAUUAGUCCUCAUUUUCUCCUGAAAGUCAGACCCUAUGCAGGGGUUCCCAGUAUCACUUCUGCUUCAAUAUGUGUAAUUCAAAUGAGGCCAUGUCAUGAGAGCUGUCAUUACUUCUCAACUUUGGUUUUUAAAUCUACAAGUUUAUAGUAUGCUUGUGAAUGUUCUCAAAAUCCUACUAAACUCACUUUUGUAUCCUCUCUUUGAAUAAUGUUUUUGCAAGUCUUAUACCAUUAAAUAUGUACUUAUUAGAGAACACUAAAAUUA